AAUCGAUGACAGCUAGCUAUUGGUUGUCUGGAGGGUCGUUGCGACAUCGUCGAGGGCGGAGCCGACACAAUUACAAACGCCCCCAACUGAAAAUCAUCAUCAGCCUUUCACUGCAGCCGUAUUAUCUCAGUAUUAUCGAAUCAGACAAACGGGUCGCGUGCCUCUCGUUACCACACACGUGCACCCCCGACACGUGUAUGCAACACACCGAAGAACAACAAAAUCAAAGGUUGCACGUGUCUCACAAUGUUCUAAUCCGGACCGAAGAUGUUUAGCAUGGAAAAUAUCGAUUUGGAUAUUGUCAACAGGCAGUUCUUUUUCGAGACAGGAUCGUUUCUGGGUAACAGCAACGGAAAUAGUGGAGGAGGAUCAACGACAGGAUCUACGAACAGUGGUGAUUUGUUCUUGUACGAUGAGAAUAGCAGCGAUUCAAUAGGCUCCAGCUAUUCCUACAACAGUGAUCAAGAAAACAGCUCCAGUUCCAAAGAUAAUCGAAUUCACAGAUAUCGGAGACGUAACAAAUGCCCUCAACAACAAAUUCAGCAGCGGCAAGCGGCAAACUUGAGGGAGAGGAAGAGGAUGCAGAGCAUUAACGACGCAUUCGAAGGGUUAAGAGCACACAUUCCGACGCUUCCGUACGAGAAGCGACUUUCAAAAGUGGACACCUUGAAAUUGGCCAUCGGCUACAUUAACUUCCUCAGCGAACUAGUGAGAAGUGAUCGGAACUCAAAUACGGACUGCUUUAACGGGAUCAAUCGAAAUCUGCAGAGGGAUGAACCCAAGAAGAUCAUACUCAGAGGAAGCGGAGGAAGCUACACGGCACAUUCACUCUCGUGGUCCAGGGACAAGGAACCCAAUCCGAAUGGAAUAAUGUUUGCCAAAGUUUGGACUCCCGAGGAUCCGAGGUCCGGCAAGAACUGUUCAGGAAGUCAACCCAGCAAUUCACCAUCUGUCACAUUCACCUUGCAAGAUUAAAUUCCGUACCAGUGAUAAACGCUAUAUAACAAGUCUAGUCGACGCCGAACUCUUUUCAUUUGUCAAUUAUUCUAGUCAAAUUUAUUUAUUGUAUGUAUACUGUAAGUGUUAAUUGUCGCAGAUAACCAUU